AUGUUCCCAAUCAGCAAGGCAGAGGACGCCAUGCAGGACGCAGCGCUGCGGCAACAGAUUGCUGUAAACAGUGCGGACAUUGCAGAGCUGAAAGAAAUCAUAGCUGCCCAGGACACAAUGGAACUACGAUGGCUCCUGCAAAUUGCCCUUCAGCCCUGCCAUGAGCACCUGCUUCCCCCAGAACGGGCGCACAAUUGGCGGCAUCAGAUGUUCUGCGACGGCAGCGGCCACUGCGAGACUGCGGCAGCUACACCUUCGGACGAGACGGUGGCGGCAGCACUGGAGGAGGCCCUGCAGAACGCGCGUUUGCUGAGAGUUUCAUCGAGCAUAUUUCUGAAGGAAGCAAAGGAGUUGCUAGACUCUGGAAGGGCAGCAGCGCUGCUGUGGGCUAAGGACUGCUUGGAGGGCCUCAAUGAGGUGGAGCAGGAACGACUGGCAGCAGUCAAGGAGGCCACUGCCAGCAACAGCGUGCCCCUCGUGCCAGUGCACAGCAAAAAGCAACUUGCUGAAUGGGUCGGGCUGGGAAAGAUUGGGCGGCUGAGGAGGAACGCCGCGUGUCUGCUGGCAGUGGUGCUGCACUCUGCGGACGGCGCAGACUCUGAUGAGGCUCCUGCGCUGUCCAAGCUGCUGGAAAAAUACCCCCAGGCUCCCAAGCCCAGGCCCAAACCCAUCGCCACCCAGCGGGUCUCCUCUGCGGGAUCAAAGGUGACUACACCGAGCAGCGCCAAGGCGCACGCGAGGCACAGCUACACGCCAGAUGCUGCCAGCUUCCGCGCAGCGUUUUCCGGAAAGGAUACGCUGCCUGUGCUCAAGAGGACCGGCAGCUCUGCAGCCGGCAGCAGGAGGGAGUCUGCUGACGGGGGGACGACGCUGCCGAGCUGGGUGCUGAGUCGCCGCGAGUCACUGGCCGCUGCAGAAGCUUCCGAGCAGGCGCCUUCCGCCAGCAAGGCAGCUUCCGCCAUUGCUGCUGCAGCACCCGAGAAGGCCCCUGAAGCCAGCAAAGCCUCCAGCGCAGCUGUCCCUGCUGAGAGUGCCAUCAGCAAGGCCGUGACAGCACCGGAUGAGGGAGCAGCGAGCAGCAAGCCUGACAGGUCACCUGCAAAGGCAAAUGCUAAGGCAGAGACGCCUGCAAAGAGCCCUGUGAAUGUUGUCAGUCCAGGAAAGGCUGCAGCAGCAAGCACCAAGGCUGCAUCAGCGCCGGAGCCAGCUGUCAGGCUGGCUCCGUAUUCCGAGCAGGCGCCUUCCGCCAGCAAGGCAGCUUCCGCCAUUGCUGCUGCAGCAUUCGAGAAGGCCCCUGAAGCCAGCAGAGCCUCCAGCGCAGCUGUCCCUGCUGAGAGUGCCACCAGCAAGGCCGUGACAGCACCGGAUGAGAAAGCAGCGAGCAGCAAGCCUGACAGGUCACCUGCAAAGGCAAAUGCUAAGGCAGAGACGCCUGCAAAGAGCCCUGCGAAUGUGGUCAGUCCAGGAAAGGCUGCAGCAGCAACCACCAAGGCUGCAUCAGCGCCGGAGCCAGCUGUCAGCAAGGCUGCUGAGAGCGCGGCCGACGCUGCCCCAACUUUUGUGUCUGACAACUCGCACGCUGAUGUUGUUACAGCAGAUGCGUUGCCGGUUUCCACUCCUGCAGCAAAGAAGUCUCCUGAGAAAGCACCGAAGGGAGAGCGGCCAGCCAGCGCCAACGGGGAGGCCAGCCCGGCAAAGGCACCUGCCGCCAAAACAGGCGCGCCAGUGUCGCCGAAGCCUGCCGAGCCCGCUGAGUCAGCGACGCCGAAGCAGAAAUUGGCAGAAGCGCCGAAACAGGAAGCACCAGGGGCAACAGCAGCAGGGCCAAAAGAGGAGCCCUCGGAAACACCAAAAUUGGAAGCAGCGCCGAAAGAGGAAGAGGCACCGGCGGCUGUGACUGAUGCGGCCACUCCCGCUGUGAAGCCGGCGCGCGCCUUGGACGCCUUCACGCCAGGCGCGGGUCUGCCGAGCACCGCUAACAGCAGCGCGGCGGCAACGGCGGAGGCAACGCCGUCGGAGACGGCCGAGCUUGCCGCCCGCAGCGCCUCGGUAGCCCGGCCAGAGGAGGUGUCGGCCUUCCGCAUGUCGCGGCGCAGGCGUACCUCCUCCAACGCAGCCGCCACUCCGGCCAACGCUGCAGCGGCGUCAGAUGUUUCUGCCGAUGGAGCAGCUGAGAACGGCAAAGCAGCUGCAGCCGCCUCUGAGGAGGUGAAGUAG